UUGAGCAGAGCACUCAGUCCGCUCACACCCUCACACCCUCACGCCACCCCCUCGGCCUAUCCGCCCCACCCUUUCCCGGCUAGACGGGCCGGAGAUGAAGCUCAAGUCAGGAUCGAUGCUGACCGGUCUCGAGUCCCCUUGGUUUCUCCGGCCGUCGGACAAACACACAAGUGCCUACAGACGGACAGGAGGACAGAGAAGUGUGUCUACGAGCCGCGAUUGGGCAGAUGCGCACUUUCAUGUCCGAGUGAAGAGAAGGCAGCAUCGAUCCCUGCCUCCACGGUAUCCGAGACGGCUUCACUGUGUCCCCGACAGAUCGAUGCUGUUGCUGCCUUUGCUUUCGGUUGGUCAACAACUCUUGUCAUCGUCUCGCAUGAUCCGAGAUCACGUCUGUGCGACCUGGCCUCAAAAAUUACGAUUCGCCACCGGCAUCCAGCUGGAUUCGUCGGCCUCGGUCGUCUCAGAAUCGGAUGUUCUUCCCGUUGCCAUGGGGACGACAGAAAAGAGAGUAAGGCCACCGAAGUGAUUGCUGCCAAAUUGUUGCCACCCGGCACUAUCGGUAGGUCUUGGCAAGUUCAAUUCGUCUGGUUUUUCUCUUCAUCCGAAGAGAAAAGUUUAUUGUGA